UCAGAUCCAACUCCCAAACACAGCUAACAUUUGUUUUUGUCUUUGAUGAAGAUCACAGGAGCCCAUCAACAUCCUCUCCUUGUCCAUCAACUUGAUGCAUGAAACAAAUGAAUUCCAUCACCAUCUUUCCCUUCUCCAUAAGCAAACUCAAUCGCCAAAUAUAACUGAUUUCCCAUUUCUUCCUAUAAAUACAAAACUCAUUCUUUUUUUCUCCCUCAAUAUAUAUUAAUUAGGGUUUCACAGCAUGUCACCUGACAACAGCAGAGCAGCCGCCGGAAGAGAUGAAACCCCCAGCUCCACAUGCCGGAAAAGCGCCGCCGCGAGGCCGCAGGAGGCAGCCCUCCGCUGCCCCCGAUGCGAUUCACCAAACACCAAGUUCUGCUACUACAACAACUACAGCCUCACGCAGCCUCGACACUUCUGCAAAACAUGCAGGCGCUACUGGACCAAAGGCGGCGCCUUGCGCAGCGUGCCCAUAGGCGGCGGCUGCCGGAAAAACAAGAAAACCAGGCCCUCCCCUCCGCUCUCCGCCGACUCCUCAUCAGACAUCGCCGGCGGGUUGAAAUUCUUCCAGGGAGUGGCACCAGCUAUGGACUUUCAGCUCAAUUUUCCCGGCACCACCACCUCUCUUCUCAACCACUUCUCUGCUUUAGGCGACUCUUCUGCAAACCCUUGUUACACCUUGGAUCUUUCUGCAACACCCAACCCUCCUUUAAUCGGAUUCGAUCUCUCUCCUCCAAAUCAAGAAUUGGGGUUUCGAAGCAGCCUCGCGUCAUCCAUGGAAUCCCUCAGCUCUAUCAACCAAGAUCUUCACUGGAAGCUGCAGAAACAAAGAUUAGCCAUGCUUCUACCCGCCGACAAUCACAAAACCGUCAAACCGCAGCCCAUUUUGUUCCAGGAUCUGGAGCUUCCGUCCAAGCAAGAUGCUUGCGUAAGAAAAGAUGAUGGUGCUGCCGUUGCGACGGAAUGGUUUUUUGAUACUUCUUAUAAUGCAACUGCAGCGACAAGUAACGGCGUUAAUGCUGAUAACGGAACCGGCUGGAGCACUGGAAUUCAGGCAUGGAGUGAUCUUUCACACUAUUCUUCAAUUCCUUAAAAUUUAUGUUAAUGGAUAAAUCUGUUUUUAGGGUUUUAUGUCAAUCAAACUUUUCUUCUAGUCUAGUCAACUGUUGAUUCCAUGUUCAGACCAAGAUGUAAUCUUUUCAGUGUGUUGUUAUUGUUGCUUUUUUUUUUCUUUAAUUUCUUUUUAAUUUGGUGCAGAUUAUUGAAACGAAAUUGCAACAGCUAAAGUUGCUUUUAAUUAUUAGCACCCUUUC